ACGAUCGCAUCGAGGAAAAAGUUGGAAGAGACAGACGACACCUCCUCCGAGCUCUUCCUCAGCCAGGCAUACUGUAUCGCAUCAGGUCAAAGCGCAGGAUCGCUUGACGUUACUCACCUUCAAGUUUACCUUCUUUUCAGCUGCCCCGACUCGCCGUUCAUUUCGGCAUCUUUCGGAUUUUCGUCGACGGAACAGGUACCCCUCCUCUCGGUACCAAAGCACCAGAAAGUUGCAAUCGUUUACUCAAGUCUCACAUCGACAUCACGACGACGCGUACGUGAAAGUAUCUACAUUUGAUCCGUUUUUCCUGGAUCAACAGCAUUGUCACAAUCUAGAUCGGAUAGAACCGCACUCUAGACACCACACCUCAAAAUGUCACAACCAAAACCCACAACAACGACCCGCCGUCCCCUGCCAAACCUCCUCUCUCGCUGCUUCGUCGACCUAACCGCUGCCGCGUCCGCCGCCCUCAUCAUCUCCCCCGCAAUCUACAUCAUCGACCGCGCAAUUAUCGAAAACGCAUCCGGCCGUGCCCCGCUAACAACCUCCAUCACCUCUUCCCUCCGCCAAUUCCUCACAACCCCCAUUAAGUUCAUGCGCAACCCGAUGUUCGGACUCGUGUUCAUGGUGUAUGGGGGUACGUACUUGACGGCGAACUCGAUUGAUACGUGGAUGGGAGUGUGGAGGGGGGAGACGGAUAGGUUCGUGGGUGCCGGUGGGGUGGAGAAGUUUGUUGCUACUACUGCGGCGAAUAUCGGGUUAGGGUUGAUUAAGGAUCGGGAGUUGACGAAGGCGUAUGGAGCACAUGGUGCGUCACCAUCACCUCAGACAGCAGCACCGACACGACCACAACCACCAUCCUCGAAAAUAUCCUCAACCAUAUCCCGACAUAUGUCCACAGCCGCCGCGGCGCAACAACGCCGGUUCCCACCCAUGGCUUACGUCCUCUUCACAACCCGUGACUCCCUAACCGUUUUCUCCUCCUUUAACGUUCCCGCCAUGAUCGCGCCAUACACCCCCGGUGGUCUCACAUGCGCGCAACUUCUCACGCCUUGCGCUGUACAAUUCCUCUCGACGCCAUUCCAUCUCUUCGGAUUGUCAUUGUACAACGAACCAGGGCCCAUGCCAACCUCCCAACGACUACAAAAAAUGUCACAGCUGUACCUCAAGAGUACAUUUGCGCGAAUAGGACGGAUUUUGCCGGCGUUUGGAGUGGGCGGAGUUGUGAACAGGAAGGUGCGGAAUACUGGGUUGGAGGCGAUCUAAACCACGUACAUGUUGCUACCAGGAGUAGGAUCGGGAGGCGGUGAUUAAUGGGCAUGAGCGAUGGGACGUUGUGGCGAAAGAGAUGAACCUCACCAGGGGCUACAUCUGGUCUUGGUCUUGGCCGAGGUCAUGGUGGCGAUUUGUUUGCAUGGGCGGUUGAAUCGAUGGGGGUUCGACUUUAAGUGUGGCGUGCAUCAAUCUCGCCUGCGGGACGUGCGGGGGGACUCAAUUUAGGGUGGCGAAUCUGACCGAACUUGACGGCUGCUGUGCUUUACUGAGAGAAUGGCUCUGUGCUGGGCAGUUCGAUAGAUAGAGAAAAUGAUAUACGAUUGCAUUG